AUGAUGUGGUACUUAUGUAGGGUGAAUUGUUCCGACGGUAAAGGACGGCAAAGCAAUUCCUUUUUUGGACUUACACACAACCAUUGGUUUGUUUUUGUUAGAUUUUUAAACUCGCUAAAAUUUGCGUUUGUGGUGAUUGCGCUUCCUUAUGUGGGAUUUGUAUUUGCGUUUUGUGCGCGUGUUUGGAAUAGGAGUGCUUCCUUGUAUACAUAUUUUUCUGAAAAGAAGACAAGUGACAUCAUUGUGAACAAAAAGACAUAUACGAAAAUGUUGGGGAUGAGGAGUUACAUCGUAUUUGUUGCUGUGGUAACGCUGCAACAUAUCUGCGUCAAUUCAAAGGCGCAUGAAAACAACAUUGUGAAUGGAAAGGAAUUUGAAGCACUGUGUGGCUUUAUAAAUUUUGCACUGGAUACACAAACACCACAGGAUUUGGUGCUCAAAGUUGAGGAAGCAGAAGACAAAAUCUUGAGUGACACGUUUGCAGCUGGGGGGGAUGCGAAGGUUUCAAAGGAACUACAAGAGCUUAAACAAAAAGUGGAAACUUAUAAGGAACAACACAGUGAUUUAUGGAGCAGCUCCACGCCAACUAUUAUCCAGAAAAGUUUAACAGAAGCGCUGUAUGGCAACGGUAAUAAGCAGGUUGUAGUCAAGCACGUGCAAGGCAACAGGUCGGACGUAUGUGGCAGAGCUGGCGGACAGACGGGAAAGAAAGCAGGUGAGACGUUGGCGCUGGAUUUACUGUGCAUUUGCGCAGCAUCUGAUCAAGAUGAGGACGACGUUGUGACUUGCUGUAAUGGAUGCAACACCACUCAUGUAGGGGUAUGGGAGCCCCAACAAAACUCUCCCGCUCACUGGAAUUUGCUCCACCCUAAGUGCAGCAACGUGAAGAGAGAGAAAACUCGGCCACUUCAAGUGCUCUCAGCAGCGCUUCGUUUUUUUGUCAGCACCCUCAACACAACGUCAAACUCUUCAUCAGGUCCCAGAAACUUACUGGGUGCGCACGACGGGAGCGUAGAGCACGGUUGCAGCGGAGGAAUCUUGGACGGACAUGGCCGAUGCGUAAUAUAUCUCCCAAGACACGUCAGUGGAAGUGCGCCAACAAUUCCGUGGUAUCUAAAGUUGCAAGAAGCCGCAACCAAAAUGGAAGAACUAAUCCAAGCCGAGGAGUACCUCGUGAAGAUUCAAAACCAAGUAAACGAAUUGAAGAGGGAGGCACGACCUGUCCCAAAUAAUUCAAGCGAAAAAGAGAAGGACGAAUCCAAUAAUACUGAUGAUGGACUGGAGGGGAAAAAACCGACUACGUCUUCUAAAAGAGGAUGCUCUGGUUUCGAAAGCAAGGUGACUUGCCUGCAACAGAAGCCGCGGUGCGAAUGGAAUGGGACUGAGUGCGUGACUUCUAUAAGGAGAUUACUCACCUCCAGCGGUGUAAGCCGCCUCCCAGCACCACUUAAGUUAUUUUUUCUAGUUUUUUAA